CUUAUUGCUGGGGCAGUCACCCUUAGUCCAUUUUGUUAAGGAAUCAUCCUUUCCUUUAUGCUCUUUGAUAUAGAGGAAGAAACAUAGAGGCAAGUCUUCUGAGAAUGGGUUUGAUGGCAAUUAGGAAAGCCACUCUCCUCUUCAUCAUCUUAGUGUCGCUUGCAUCAUCCUCGCUUGCAGGCAGGCAAAAGAUUUUAAUGGAUGAAUCCACCGUACAAGUAGAAGAUAUGGCUAAGGAUACGCCCAAAGAGGCUUGGGACAGUGAAGAGGCCCUGGUUGUUCAUCCCAGGAUUCUCACAGUUAAAACAAAUGACUACGGGAGAUACGAUCCUGCUCCAGCUCUUAGAAAGCCUCCUUUCAAGCUCAUACCGAACUGAUGUGACAAUCUCCAUAUAUAGAUACUAUUGUGAUAUAGAUAAUUCAGUGCUUCAAGCUUCAUGGCUAGACUCAUUACAUGAGAUAGUCAUCACCAUAAACACUAUUGUGAUAUAGAUAUGCAGUUCUAUAUAGCUAGAGAAGAAAUAUACUAACUAAAUGUAACAUAUCCCUACAUAUGGUGGUUCAACCUUAGAUAUUUUAUCCUUGUACGUGUAAUAUUAUGUAUGCCAGAAACAUAAAUAUAUAAGGGAUUUUGCUUUAGUA